CAAAGUACAAACCAUGAAAACGUGGUACUUUCAAGUCAAGGUUUUUAAUCAGUUCUACAAAUGUAGGAGGUGUAUUACUAGUUUUGCCUUAUUCUCCAGGGGUUUGUCCCAAAAAGUAUUCCUUACAAAGCAUUUCUUUUGAAGAAAUUGACUAUAUUUUGUCUGGGGUGUUGAAUUACAGAGAAAAAACAGUGAUCAAUGGAGACAUUUGGAAUCAGUUCAGUAAAUGGUAAUCUGAUUUCAUCAUCUUACAACAACUCUCCCCAUCUCUCAAACAUGAAUUCUUCUGUUUCACUUAAAACCUCUUUUAUUUGUAAUGUCAACAACAGUAAGAUUCUCUUCUCACCUAACUUCAGAAGCUCAACCAAAAGAAUCACAGUUCCUAAAAUUAGGUCUUUUUCUGCUAACAACUCUAAAAAGUUGAGUCAACAGAAUCUCAAAGAUGGAUUUCAAGAUGAUCGAAUUGCAAGGAUUUCCUCUGCGAUUAGGCUCAUACCCGACUUCCCUAAACCAGGAAUCAUGUUUCAAGACAUAACAACAUUGCUUCUUGACCCAAAGGCAUUUCAAGAUACGAUUGAUCUGUUUGUUGAGAGAUACAAAAACAAGGACAUCACUGUAGUCGCAGGAACGGAAGCCAGAGGUUUCAUCUUCGGUCCUCCAAUUGCCUUAGCUAUUGGGGCAAAAUUUGUGCCUAUGAGGAAACCCAAGAAGCUACCUGGGGAGGUUAUAUCUGAAGAGUACACUUUGGAGUAUGGAACAGAUAAACUAGAAAUGCAUGUCGGAGCUGUACAGGCAGGAGAACGUGCUCUUAUAGUAGAUGAUCUUAUUGCGACAGGGGGGACUUUAUGUGCUGGAAUCAGGCUAUUGGAACGUGUUGGAGCAGAGGUAGUCGAGUGUGCUUGUCUAAUUGAAUUACCUGAGCUUAAGGGGCGUGAUCGAUUGGGAAAUAAACCACUCUUCAUUCUUGUAAGUGCGGUUUAGUUUCAUGUUUAAAGAGAAUUUUUUCUUGGUGGGAGGAGCUCUUUAUCGCACAUGGUUUGGUUGAAAUAAGUGUUUUCUUGAAGUGUAAUAGUGAACUAGUAUUAGUUGGUUGUAGUAGAAGCUGAAUAAUGACUCAUAUGAAAAACGUGAAAUGGCUUUGUCAGUGAACAACUUAUUUGGUUUACAUAUUGAAUUGCUGAGUUCAGCUAGAACCGGUGCCGAAAUUGA